GCUAUUUGUGAAUCGGUAGCCAUUGCGAUCAUAACUCUUCCUUUUGAAGCAUAAUAUGCUUUGGACAACAUUUCUGGAGUGACUCGUGGCAUCAGGAGACCCAAUGUAGGAAAUUAAUUGAAGUGAGAGGGAGUAUUGAAAAUAACUUCACUAAAACAAUCCUUUUCAAAUUUUAAUUUUAAUUUUGGUGUAUUAUGGAACUGGUUGACAAUUAAAAGUAAUAAUGAAUGCAAACAUAAAAUAGUGAUUUCAAUGAAUAAUUGAAAGAUAUAUCUCCAAGUGCUCUCGCCCGUGUUGCUGGGCGAAGUGACUUGAUCUCCACUUCCUAGUGGAGAUCUCCAACGCUGCAUUAGUCAUUUGUUCAGCCUAACGAUCCCGGCCUGCGACGCCAAGGUAUAAAAUGCCUCUCAAAAUGUUUAUUUUAUAUGCUGGUGGUCGUCCGCAUAUAAGGGCGACUUUGUUCCAAUUCCAUGGAAAGACCUCUGAUGACGCCUUGGAAAAUUUUUCCCCACACCGAGCUUCAAAAAGCAUCGGCCGAAAGUUAAUUUCUUAAGGAGAAGGAGGGGGAUGCUUAAUUCUUAUUUUAGUGCUAAGUUCAAGAGGAUGCAUCAGGAAGGAAAAAGGGAUGGCAAUGAUGGUCCUGAAGAUCAUUCCAGCUCUGAAAAAUCCUUCAGCACCUUUUGCUGAGUUCACCAAGGUGUUCUUCAUGAAUACCGGGAUGUUGAAAACGCAGAAUGUUUGGAUAAUGACUCAAUAUAAGAAUAUUAAGCUGAGAGUGACUGAUGGGAGAGACAAACCGAAUGAGGACGAGAGUAUGGCGCUUCCUGUGGUGAAGAAACCCCGCAUGGAAGUGACUUUUGGUGGUAACAAUUUAACGGUGGACUAUCCGGCGGACAAUAAUGAGAGACAGCAGAGUGGCGCGAUCGAUAUCGUGAGGGUGCUCAAGAACAGCCCCAUGAAGUUAGCAGACCAGGGUCAUCAGAUCGCGUCGGCAAAGAGAAGCUUUGGUUUCCGAAUUUAACGGUCGAGAGCAGCUGUUACUAAAUGAUAAUGAUGCUACGUAAAGUCAUUCGGAGCAGAACAAUUGGAUCCAGGGCAUUUCGAACGUUUGAUGUAAUUGUUGUUGGUGGUGGGCAUGCUGGGACGGAAGCAUGUGCUGCUGCAGCUAGAAUGGGUGCUGAAACACUUCUUGUUACUCAUAAAAAAUCUACUAUAGGCGAAAUGUCUUGUAAUCCAUCAUUCGGUGGAAUUGGCAAGGGUCAUUUGAUUCGAGAGGUAGAUGCACUCGAUGGUAUUUGUGGACGGAUAUGUGAUCUAUCCGGACUCCACUAUAAAAUUCUUAACAAACGAAAAGGACCCGCAGUUUGGGGACUUCGAGCUCAAAUCGAUCGAGAUUUGUACAAGACUAAUCUGCAGAGGGAACUCUUCCGUUUACCAGGCCUAACGAUUCAGGAGGCUGCAGUGGAAGAUCUUAUCCUCAAUUUGGAAACUGGGAAAUGUUGUGGCAUCAUGUUGAAAAACGAAAUAUCAAUCUACAGUGAAACCGUUGUGAUAACUACUGGAACGUUUUUAAAAGGACAAAUUAACAUCGGUCUAGAGAAAUAUCCAGCUGGAAGGAUGGGCGAUGAGCCGAGUAUAGGUUUAGCGGAUACCCUGAAAAAAUUGGAUUUUAGAAUGUCGCGAUUGAAGACCGGAACUCCGCCACGGCUGAGAAAAUCAUCUGUAAAUUUCUCUAAAUGUAAUCCCCAGCAUCCAGAUAGUGUUCCGGAGCCAUUUUCAUUUCUGAAUGACCGAGUUUGGAUCGAUCCAAAGGAUCAAUUGGAUUGUUAUAUGACUUUUACAAACGAAGCAGUUGCGAUGAUCAUAAGAGAUAAUUUACAUUGUAAUACUCACGUGAUGGAGGAAGUUAUGGGUCCCCGGUAUUGUCCGAGCAUUGAAAGUAAAGUUCUGAAGUUUGGAAGACGCACUCAUCAAAUUUGGCUAGAACCAGAGGGUUUGAAUUCAGAACUAAUCUAUCCUGGUGGUCUAUCCUGUACGUUACCAGCUGACAAACAACAAGAACUUGUGAACUGCAUACCAGGGUUGGAAAAUGCGGAAGUGGCAAGACCCGGAUAUGGGGUCGAAUAUGAUUUCAUUGAUCCCCGUGAAUUAACAUAUCAGUUAGAGACCAAGAGAAUCUCGGGACUUUUCUUAGCUGGUCAGAUCAAUGGAACAACUGGGUACGAAGAAGCUGCGGCACAAGGACUCGUGGCUGGUGUGAAUGCAGCUGCUCGGGUGUUGAAUAAACCACCAUUGAUUAUUGAUCGUACCGAAGCUUACAUCGGUGUUUUGAUCGAUGAUCUGACCUCGAGAGGGGCAAGUGAACCGUAUAGGAUGUUCACGAGUCGAUCAGAAUUCCGUUUAAGUCUCAGAGCUGACAAUGCCGAUCUCAGACUCACCGAUAAAGGUUUCAAAACCGGCUGUGUGUCUCAGGAAAGAAUGGAGCGGACAGAAAAUCUACAGAAGCGCUUGGAAAAUGCGUUACAUGAACUCAAAACUAUCACAAAGAACACCGACGAAUGGUGUCAUCUUCUAGGUGUAAAGAGUACCAAAGUUUUGAAAACUCGGAGUGCCUUUGCGCUCCUUAAUAGAACUGAGGAAAAUGUUUCUUUCGAUGAUUUGGUUCGAGUUCUACCGGAAACAUUUGGACAUCUUGGGGACGACCCACGUCUAUCUUGUAGAGUAAAGAUUGAAGCUACAUACGACUAUGCUAUUAAGGAGCAGGUGAGCGAGGUUCAGGAAAUGAAGAGACACGAAAAAAUGGUCAUACCCAGCAAAUUUGAUUAUAAAAACGUCAAUCUUUCCACGGAGGAUAGGGAGAAAUUGACAGCUUUUCAGCCUCAAACUGUCGCAAGUGCAAGGAGAAUCCCUGGGGUAACCCCAGCCGCAGUAGUGAGAAUUGUUCAACAAUUGAAGAAAGCGUGUAAAAAUAGUGUAGAAAACUAUUGACAGUAAACUAGUCACACAUUAAAUGAAAACCUUUUGCUGUUGGUUGCUAAAAUAAAAGUUUACCUGAAUACGAAAAUAA